AUGUCGGGCCGGGCACCGCCAGCCUCUUCUCUCCGCCUCCACCCCCGCCCUCGCCCUCGCCCCUGCCCCCAUCGCCGAGGCCGAGUGGAUUUAGCCCCCAGCCUCAGACCCGCCUCGGACACCGCCACUGCCGCCCUCGGGCCACUUCAUUUGUAUUCGCGCGCUUAUCCAUGCGUCCGCAUAAUGACGACCCGUCGUCUGAUCUCUUGCAGACUACAACCGCUGUCUCCAGGUCGGCGGGUAUGCGGUCGGCUCGUGUUCCGGCGAGUCGGCUGA